AUGCCCAUAGUUGUUUUUGACCAUCUGGAAACCAGUCGUCGUCGGCCUGAGUCUCACGACUUUGUUGAUGGUGACGAGGAGCUCAACCGCAACCUUGCCGUUGCUUCCACAAACAAUGCUCUGGAACCCAUUCGGAAUGAUAAAUUAGGACCGGAGUGGCAAUCAGCCGCUGUUCGGACUCCAAAUGUCUUCUGGGAAGGCGGAUUUGCUACGCCAGGAUCCAGGGAAUGGGCGCUGGCCGGUUACAGUCCAUGUCGAUUCUUCCAAAGCCUGGCCAACGAAGACAGAAUGUCCCUUUGGGCAAUCAUGCAAAUUAAUGAACAGAUUGUGAACAUCUUGCCCUGA